AUGGGCGAGCUUCAUGACGCGAGGUGUAAAGUCGACGACAUGGAAAGCUCCGUUCAAAAACAUGCUAAGCAAAUUGAGGGAAUGCGUGAAAGACUGCUGUCCCUUGAGCGGUAUUCUCGAGAAUACAAUAUCCGUUUCCACAACGUUCCAGAAUGUACUGACGAGGAUUGUGUCCAAAACGUCCGUAACAUUUUAUCCAAUCAGCUUGAUAUGGAGCCGGAGAUUGAAAACGCGCAUCGUGUUGGUCCUCGAAAUAACGACAAACCGCGAGUAAUUAUUUGCAAGUUCCUUUAUCGUCCACAGAGGUAUAAAGUUAUCCAGAAGAAGCGUGAUCUUGAGGAUGGUAUUUGGGUUACAGAGGACCUAAUUUGGGAAGAUCGUGAAGCAAAGAAAAAUUAAAGGAAGUAAUGAAGGAGGCAUUUGAAAAUGGUAAAAAGCCUAGAUUCGCCCGUGGAAAACUUUACAUAGAUGGAGUACUCUAUCGCAAAACAUAA